AUGUCGGCGCAUCGCGAUGCGUGGAUGGACACGGAUAAGGCGGACAAGGCUUCGCCCGCCGGUCAAAGCUCAGAUGGGAUCGGCUCGCUGAAGAGCAGUCCCCGCAUGGACCCUGUCCCAGCCGGAUCGGAAGGGGCGCGACCGUACAGAAGCCGGAAGGAGCGUCCGUGAGUCUCGACCGCGACGCGCUGGAUAAAACCCCAAGCCAAAGUCUUGGUGCGACGGUGCGCGAGGUGCUGACGUUUCUCGCGCGCUUACCGCCUCACGCUUCGAAAGGUGCGACCUUUGCCGCCGACGAAAAGGUGAGCGAAGCAUUUCCUCCUGUUGUACGUUCUUUAAUAACCUCGUCUGCCUCCACGCUAGGGAGGUGCAUCAUCGAAGAAGUAGGUCAGAGAUGUCAGGCUUGCAACGCAGCUGGCAAAGACUGCACGUGAGUUCCAUCACAUCUUGGUCCUGGCAGCGCCGCCCCAACGAGCGCCGCAGCAGCAGUGGCGAUGGCGCUGGUGCCCUCCGAUGAAAGUGGAGGCAGUCCGGUUACUCGGCAACGAGCCUGACUCGUCAUCACCUUUCUCACUCUGCCUCUCCUACCAUGACAUUCCACCAGUUUCCAGAUGGACCCUACGCCGAGAAGCCGACCAGAUAGAGAUGGACGAUCACAGAGCAAUGAAGGUCGCCUUCACAUCGAUGCUGGUAGCUAUGCCUUCGAUUGGGCAGGCCGUGCCCGCUCCAUAUCUGGCCCAUCCGAAGUGGAGCAUCGCAUCGGACAGGGGACAUUCGACUCACCGCUUGGCAGCCACGCAAGCCGGGUCCCUGGCCCGUGUGGAGUGAGGCCGCCGCACUACACGCACCACGUCGAGAUGCCGCCACCUCAACCUUAUCUGCCGCAUCAUCCUUCCUUGGUCCUGCCUAGCAGGGUGAAGAGUCCGCCAGUGCGUCGAUACCAGCCUUAUCCGAGGCAACUCACUCCUCCUCCGUCGGCAGCGCCGCCCCCCCGUCGCUUCUGGGACUAUCGAUCUUCUCUCCCCUACCCGGCAACAUCGCAACGGAUGAAUCCACCGCGCCUAAGCAUAGGAUCUCAAGGCGAAGCGCCAGAUGUCGACAUGGAACCAGUGUAUCGUCCGGAGGUUCCGCAGCGUUUCCAUCCAGCGCCUACAGCACAUGGACGCUCUCCACGUCACACCGCAGAGUCGGCAUCUGUAGGUGAGAUGCAGUCUUCAAAGCUGUCUCCUUCGCAGACUUCGAAUCCAGGUCAGCCGACUUCUUACAGUGACGCAUUCCGGCCAACCAACUUGAGCGACCAACAGCGAGGCAUCGUCGGUCGUACAUGGGCAUCCCAGCGAACUUCAGCGCCGCGCCGGAGUACAGCAUCAACCGAGCAGCACCAACAAUCCGCAGGCAUCGAUCAUCUGCACUCCCUCGUUGCUGCUAUGGUCGAAGGUGAGGAGCUCGCACGCGAUGACACGAGUGGCAGCGGCGAGUCCGACCUGGCUGCUGGGCGCGGUGCACAGGAAAGACGUGAAGAUCUUGCGCCUUUUCUUCUCGGCUCGAGCUCCUCGGAAGAUCCUGUGCUGUUGCGACAGGCUUCAUCUCCCAGUGCCUCGCCCCAGAAUGAGCUGGUCCCGCUGCGGGAUGCUGCCUCACGUCAACAACAUGGCUCGCAGAUGAGUCGUCAAACAUCUCAGCAGCGGCACAAAGCACCGUCUCGCGUGCGACUGGUCACGAAAGACCCGAAAAGACCAGUCUACUUUUCCUUCAUGGCGAGUCAACCUUAUGACAAGAUGAUGAGCAAAUCCGAGUCGCAAAAGAUUGUGGAAGCGAAACUUCUAGAGCUGCGACGCAGCAUUGGAGCCAAAGUGGCGCCACUCAUGGUCUGGUAUGCCCAGCGAGACAGCGCAGCUUUUCCCUUGCUCACUACCACGCAACGAAGGACGUUUAGGAGGGCCGCUCUGCAGGCUGUAAGCACGGUACGCAACAAAGGUGCAAGCGCAGCAAUGGGCAUCAAUGUACCGCUUCCGACAGUCCUAGCAACCGCCGCACUCGCGACAAGCUUAGUGUACGACAAGACGUUGAGGGCAACAUCAAAGGACGCUUGGGGCGCAAAUUUAAACGCGCUGAUCGAACAAUUCAAUUCGACCACGCUGGUCACACUUCAGGUAGCAUGUGCAGACCUUGCUGGACGACCAUCCAUCAACACGAGCGGCAACAUGAUGAGCUUGAUGCAAGCGGUCGGAACAGCGCACAUGCUGGGUCUUCACUUGGAUCCGACGAGCUGGGCCCUUUCCCGAGAAGAGCGCGACGUCCGCAUCAGGAUCUGGUGGGCAAUAGUCAUUCAUGACAAGUGGUCUUCAUUGUGUUGGGGCAGACCGAGCGUCAUUCACAAGCAAGACUUCAGCGUGCCGCUUCCGAAGCGGAGCGGUCUGUCGGUUUGCAACGAGCACUUGACAGACAAGGAGAUUGGACAAUUCGACUUUGGCUCGCACACCAUCGAGGGUCUCAAGAUCACUCCUACCAACGAUGGCAUUGAAGAGGGUGCCGAGGUCCACACUCCAGGCGACACCUUUGCAGCUCUUGCUGCACUUACGCAACUUCUCGAUAGUAUUUUGGUCGAGUUUCACGCGGUGCAGUGCAGAAGAAAUGACGGCUUUGCAGUUGCGCAGCGCGUCAGAUCCUUCAUGGUGGAGCUUGACGAUUGGUGCGCACAGCUUCCGGACACGCUGCGCGCAGUCUUCAAGAAUGACGCUAGCGCUUCCCGCGGUGCCGACAACGUGGCGGGGACAAGUGAGUGGCACGAUCACAGGUCUAGCGUGCUACUCGGCUGAGACGAUGUGAUCGAACUUCCUUUUGCAGAAAGUCUACAGCUUUCAUACUUUGGGGUGCUACUGCUUCUGUGUAGGACCGCACUCGACGCUGUGUCGGCUUCAGACACUUUCGACGAGACAAGAAUUUUGCCCGCGCUUCGCACGGCUCUGCAUGCUACCCAAAUGGUGGUUGAUUGGCUCGACGCGCUCGAUGACCACGAGUUCAGUGACGGCUUCUUCCUGCCAUGUGAGUCGCUUGAACAGUGCCUCGCGUGACUUCGCGCUGACGCCCGCGCACCCAGACUGCCAGCAUCAUCUUUCUGCAUGUCUGUCGCUGCUGGCACGGCUUGCGAUAUCUUUUAAUAGAAUGCAGGAAGAAGCGCCGCUGCAGGCGGCUCUGGAUAGUCUGCGACGCUUUCUGACCUUGUUGGCAGCGGCUCGUCGGAGACAUUCUUGGGAUCUUAGUGACCUCGCUCUGGGAAGGGCAUCCCAUCUCCGUCAGUGACAUGCCCCUCUACUUGUGUCCACGUACUGACAUCUCUUUUGCAACCGCAGUAACAAUCUUGGAGAAGAAAAUUCCCAAUUUCCCCGCGCUGAGAAGCCUGAUAGCGCCAACCGAGAACAAGACGACGACUACAACCAUAGACACGCCGGUCCCUGCUCAAAGCAGCCCAGCGGUACCAACCCAAAGUCUUGUGCCUACAGAGAACCUGCAGAACUUUGGCGGACACACACUACUGGAAGACUCGAUUGCGUGGUUCGACGCGCACGCGCACGAGUUAGGCAUCUCGCUGCCGCACGUCAAGGUCGAGUCUGGCGACAGCCUUGGAGGUGGUACCGGCGCUUCGUCCUCCACCAUGUCCAGCAGCAGCACGUCCGAGCUGCCCUCCGAGGCAAUUGUAGGAUCGUCUCUGCAGACGCCGCAGGCUUCAUCGAUGGGCGACAAUGGCCAGCUGGCAGCUCAGACGCAUUUAGCGCCCAGUAACGUGCUGAACCUCUUGUCCUCUGCAUCCAACUUUAAUUCUGGCGUGCCUUCGUACGGCGUGGGUCACGUGGUCGACGGCAUCGACCCACACGGCGGGUCUCAUCAAGAUCCUUUUGCUGAUCUUGGCUCUACAGAUGGACCAGCUCUCAUCAACCCUGACCCUUGGCUUACCAGCGUGGGCGCCGACAUUUUGUUCAACACGUGA